AAAAAGAACCAGAAAAGACAACACUAAAAAAAAAAUAUUAAAAAUGUGAAAAAUUCAAAAAGUCUUUCUUUAAAAUUGAAAAAGAAUAUAAAAACGAAAUAAAAUUAAUGUUAUAUAGAACUUUACACACAACAAGAAUAAAAAACCAAAUAUAAAAAUAUAAAAGAAAAAAAAAAACAAAACCAUUACAAAAAAAAUAUAAAAUAAUCGAAAAUCGUGUUACGCAAAAACAAACAGAAUAAAAAUAAAAAGACAAAAAAAAAUAAUAAACAUAUAACGGGCAUCAAAAAAAAAAAAACAUUUAAAAAACAGAAAAAACCGUAACAAGGACGCAAGAAAAAAUAUCAUAUAUAAAAGAUUAACAAGAAUAAGAACAGAAAAGAAGUGCAAAACAAAAAAAAAAAAAUAAAAAACCAAAAACGGAAACACACAUAUAAUUUUUUUUUUUAUAACAGUAAAUUUUAAACUAUAAAGAGGAUAAUAUUAUGUUGGAUAUGUUGAAAUUGAAAUCCUUGGAAUGUUUAGCUGAUAAAUUAUCAAGAUCUGAUAUUAUUACACAACAAACAACACCAUCAUCACCAAUAUUAUUACCGUUAUCGUCAUCAACAUCACCAACAUCAUCAGCAGUAACAGCAACAGUAUUGCCAUCACCAUCAACAGACGUCUCAGAAUUAACAUCAUCAUCUGGAAUAACAUUAACAACAAAGACGGCAACAAUUUCUGGUGUUGGUGGUGGUAAUAAUACAAAAACGGCAGCACUAUUUGUUAAAAAACAUAAAAUUUAUCAACAAAAUUGUAAUUUUAAUUCAAUUGUAGCAGCUAAAGUGGCAGCAACUGCAGCAGCAGCAGCAGCAGGUGUAACAGGAACACCACAUUCAAAAAUCUUAUAUUCACGUUUACAUCAAAAUCAUUAUCAUCGUUUAAAUUCCUAUCCAUAUUCACAUUUAACAUAUCAUCCGUAUCAGAGGAGAGAAAUAACAAGUUGUUCUGUAACACAAUUACCGCAUUUAGUUAAUACGAUACGAGCAAUGAAAGCAAAUACAUGCACGGAUACUGUCAUUGUCAACAAUAAUAACAAUAACAGUAAUAAUAAUAAUAAUAUUGAAAAUGUUGCAGACUUAGCAUCAUCAGUAAUAGAUAUAAAACCAAUAAUAACAACAACAGCAGUAACAACAGCAACAGGAGUAAUAACAUCACAAGUACCAGCAAUAACACAAUCAAUAGUAAUGGUCCCCGGUGAUAUAAAUACUACUAGUAGUAAUAAUAAUAAUAAUAAUGAUGAUGAUAAUGAUGUUACACAACAAAAUAAUAAUAAUAAUAAUAUAAUUUAUAAUAAUUGUAAAAUAGAAAAAUAUACAAAUGAAAAUGAAGAUGAUGAAAUGAAUAAGGAUCAACCAGAUCCAGAUCAUAUUAAAAUGUUUGUUGGUCAAAUACCAAAAACAUUAGAUGAAAUACAAUUAAAAGGAUUAUUUGAGGGUUUCGGUCGUAUAUAUGCAAUUAAUGUAUUAAGAGAUAAAAUAACAGGUGUUAGUAAAGGGUGCUGUUUUGUGACGUUUUAUACAAGAAAGGCAGCGUUAAGAGCACAGGAUGCACUUCAUAAUAUUAGAACUUUAGAAGGGAUGCAUCAUCCCAUUCAAAUGAAACCAGCUGACAGUGAAAAUCGAAAUGAACGAAAACUAUUUGUUGGAAUGUUAAAUAAAAAAUACAAUGAAAGUGAUGUUAGACAACUUUUUAAUGGCCAUGGUGUUAUAGAAGAAUGCACUGUAUUAAGGGAUCAAAAUGGACAAAGUAAAGGCUGUGCUUUUGUUACAUUUGCAUCAAAACAAGCAGCAAUUGGCGCUAUUAAAGCACUUCAUCAGAGUCAAACAAUGGAAGGUUGUUCAGCUCCACUUGUUGUUAAAUUUGCUGAUACACAAAAAGAAAAAGAACAAAAAAAAAUUCAACAAUUACAAGCAAAUUUAUGGGGUAUUUCAAAUACUUCAAAUGGAUUACAACCACCGUCAUCAGCAUUAACAACAUCCACAGCAUUAUCAUCAUCAGGAUCAUCAUCAUUAUCAAAGACUAAUCUUAAUAAUAAUCAUAGUAAUAAUAAUAAUAAUAAUAGUAAUAUGAUUGGUGGACCAACAACUGGUACAGCAUUAGCAGGAUUACCAACAGCAAUAGCAACAUUACCAAUAACAGGAAAUUUACAACAUUCAAUACAAUCUAAUCAACAAACACCAACGCCAACAAUGUCAGCAACAUCAUUAACAACAGCACAAGCAAUUGCAGCUGCUGCAGCAGCAGCAGCAGCUGUAUCAUCUUCAUCGAAUCCAUCACAAAUACAAUAUCAUAAUGGUACACAAAUGACGAUACCACCAGCUGGAGCAAUUCCACCAACAAUAAACGCAUUACCACAAUCACAAUCAGGAAAUCCAUAUAUGAAUGAUGCAUUGUCAUCACAGUCAUUAUUAUUUCAACAAUUGCAAGCAGUUAAUUUACAACAACAAUUUCUACAGGGACUAAAUACCCAACCUGAUCACAGCACUACGAUGCCACAAGCAACCGGAUUGAUGACGCCAUUAACUAUGCAAAAUUUAUUUACAAAUCCACUAUGUAUUUCAUUGAGUUCACAUCCUCAAAUGCAUCCACAUACAAUACCAGCAGCAACACCUACAACAGGAUUAUCAGCUCAAUUAACAAAUUCACCAACAAUAUGGUCAGGUACAGAAGGUAUGACUGCUACUUAUCCACAUCCAAUUACGCCUUUGGCUAAUGGAUCAUUUACGACAGCAUCACCGAUAACAGCAGCAUCGACAGCUUUAGCUGUUGCGGCAAACGCAGUGGCUGGAAAACAAAUUGAAGGUCCCGAGGGGAGUAAUCUAUUUAUAUACCAUUUACCUCAAGAAUUCACUGAUACAGAUCUCGCAUCCACAUUUUUACCAUUUGGUAAUGUACUGUCCGCAAAAGUUUUUAUCGAUAAACAAACAAAUUUAUCAAAAUGUUUUGGUUUUGUAUCAUAUGAUAAUCCAACAUCAGCUCAUGCAGCUAUUCAUGCUAUGCAUGGUUUUCAAAUUGGUACCAAAAGACUUAAAGUUCAAUUGAAACGUUCAAAAGAUGCUGCUAAACCAUAUUGAAGAGAAAAAAUGAAAUGUAAAGAAAUGUAAGACUACAAUGAAACAAAAAAAAAAAAAAAAUAUAUUUUAUAAAAUAAAAUAAAUUUUGUAUAUUUUGUGCUUUCUAUAAAAAAAAAAUAAAAAAAGACCAAAAAUUCCAGAAAAAAAGGAAGAAAGCAAAAUAUUUAUGUUAUAUAAUUUCGUAUUGUAUAUGUAUAAUUAUUGUAUAUUAUGUAGAACACAUAUAUAAGAAAAAAUUUAUUAAGUAUAUAUAAUAUAAAAUAAAUGUACGGUUAUAAAAUUAAUUAUAUAGUUAAUUAUAACAAAUUAAUAUGCUAUAUAUAUAUAUAAAUGUAUAUUUAAAAUUAUAAUAUUAUUAUAUGGAAACUGUUAUACUUUGUAUUUAUAUAUGUAAAUUAAUUCAACGAUUCAUUUUAUAUUAUAUAAGUAUAUCAUAUAAUUAUGUAUUAAUUAUUAUAAUUAUAAAUAACUAUAUGUUACAUUUAUUAUAAAAAUAUAAAUAUUGUUAUAACGUUUAUUGCUAUAAAAGUUCUUAAUUUUCAAUAAAUAUUUCGAAUAUUUCAAAUAUUACUGUUAUACUGUUCGCAUUAAUGAAAAACUGAUUCUGUAUAUACCCAUACAUUGUUUGUUGUAAAAAAUGUUUGGAAAUUUUGAAAAAAAAAAAAA